AUGAAGGCAGGAAUUCUUGAAGUCCUUCUGGUUUAUGCUAAAGACAUCAAGCGUACCAACUUUAUUGGAAAGCCAUCCUAUUAUGUGAUUCUUGAAUGGGGAACUCAAUCUCAAAGAAGCAAAAUAUCAUCAGGAAAAGAUGAGAAGACUUGGUGGAAUGAGAAAUUCACAUUUGAAUUCUCAUCAUUUGACGAUAGUAAGAAGUUAAGCCACCUCAAGUGCACAAUCAUGGACACAGAAAUAUUUACAAAUGGAGGAUUUGUGGGUGAAUCCAGAAUUUACAUAGGAAGAAUAAUCUCAGAAGGGACAGAAAAAGGAUAUAUAGAAAUAAAACCAGCUCCAUACAAUGUGGUGCUUGAAGAUGGCACCUACAGAGGACAGAUAAAAAUCGGAUUCAAACUUUUCGUAAAUGUAAGGCUUUCUUCUUCUUGA